GAUAAAUGUAAAACGGCAGCAGGUGUGUCUUUGCUUCCAGACGGAGGCUGACGAAUCUAUCAUGCGUUUCGCAUGUUAAUGACAACGGCACAAGCACAACCCAAUCCACCGAAAAUUCACGAAGGAUGGUGGGCGUACAAGGAGGUGGUGCAGGGCAGCUUUGUUCCAGUGCCGUCGUUCUGGGGGCUGGUGAACUCGGCCUGGAACCUGUGCUCGGUGGGGAAGAGGCAGUCGCCAGUUAACAUCGAGACCAGCCACAUGAUCUUUGACCCCUUCCUCACACCCAUAAAGCUGAACACGGGUGGACGCAAGGUGGGAGGGACGAUGUACAACACUGGCCGCCACGUCUCUCUGCGAUUGGAUAAGGAGCAUCUGGUUAACAUCUCUGGAGGGCCCAUGACGUAUAGCCAUCGUCUGGAGGAGAUCCGGCUACACUUCGGCAGCGAGGACGGCCAGGGCUCAGAACACCUGCUGAACGGACAGGCCUUCUCUGGAGAGGUUCAGCUGAUCCACUACAAUCAUGAGCUGUACACAAAUUAUACAGAAGCUGCUAAAAGCCCCAAUGGAUUGGUCAUAGUGUCCAUAUUUAUGAAGAUUGCCGAGGCAUCCAACUCAUUCCUGAAUCGAAUGCUGAACAGAGACACCAUCACAAGAAUAACAUAUAAAAAUGAUGCGUAUCUGCUGACCGGCCUCAACAUAGAGGAGAUUUACCCCGAGACAAGUAGCUUUAUCACAUACGAAGGAUCGAUGACCAUCCCUCCAUGCUUUGAGACCGCCACGUGGAUCCUGAUGAACAAGCCGGUGUACCUCACACGCAUGCAGAUGCACUCUUUGCGGCUGUUGAGCCAGAACCAGCCGUCUCAGAUCUUCCUGAGCAUGAGUGACAACGUUCGCCCAGUUCAGCCGUUGAACAACCGCUGCAUCCGCACCAAUAUCAACUUUAGCAUGCAGGGCAAAGACUGCCCCAACAACAGGGUUCAGAAGCUCCAAUACCGAGUGAACGAGUGGUUGCUAAAGUAGCCUCCCUUGGAUGAGCGUCAGAGAUGGAGAGCGGGACGAGGCGAUGGGGAGGAGGGAAGGAUGGAGAAGGGAAAGAUGUGAAACCGGGCUAAAGGUUGCAUCUCAUUUAAGAUUAUUUCAUGGCAUUGUAUAAAGACAACACUGGACAUUAUACGAAUUAAGGAACUUUGUAUUGCGGGCUAAGAGACUCUUCUUUUCAUACAUUGAGAACCGUUUGAACCCUCGAUCCAACACAUGCUAUUAAGCCCUUUCCCCCCACUGUACAACUACAGUAUAUCUACAUGGACAUUUUGAUACCAAUAUGUUUUUGGGAGAAAACCAAAAAAAAGACACUUGGAAACAAACAAAAAAAGUAAAUAACGUGGAAGCAUUUAUUUGAUAGCCUCCCAACCAAUAGGACAACGUUGGGACUUUAAAGCCUUUGUACAUAAAAAUGUUGCUAUCAGUGGGAAAAUCCAAGGACUAAGUCACUGCCCCCAUCCCGCCGGUCAAGACGAAGUGGUCAACACAAGUCUCACACAGACUUCUCAUUACAGUCACCAACAAGGCAUGCAAUCAGCAAAACCAACAGAGAGGGAACACAGCCUUACCUUGUCAUUGUCCAAAACUAGAGUCAUGUCAUGGGAGUCGAGCGAAUAUUUACAGGCUUUCUUAUGGCCUCAGAACAACCAGUGUCUUGGCCUCGUUUGUACAUAUUAUAAUUAUCAAUACUGCAGAAAAAUGAAUAUGUAAAGAAAACUAAUGAAUUAACAUUCAAAAGAUAUAUUAAGAGGAUUUAAAAAAGAAGAUAAAAAGUUGAGAAUUUUAAAAUGCUUGGUGCACUUUGAAUUCUGGAGCAGUUCUUAGUGUGAGCUGAUGCCUUUUUUCUGUUUUAUUGUUUACAAUGGUCAUACACUGUGUUUGAGUGUUGUUAUCAGCCCAAUAAAUGUGUCUGGAAAGUUCACUUUGGGAAAUGCUUCACUAUGAGGAGCUGACUUAUU